AUGUCUUUCUUCGGACUCGGAGGCGGCAACAACGGCGGCGCCAGCCCGCAGGCCGUCAGCAGCGCCCAGAUCGAGGCGGCCACGGCAGAGCUCGAUAUGAUCACCGACGUCUUCAACCGCCUCGUCUCGUCGUGCCACGCAAAGUGCAUCUCGACACGGUACGCCGAGCCCGACCUCAACAAGGGCGAGAGCGUCUGCAUCGACCGAUGCGUAUCCAAGUUCUUCUCGGUCAACGCCAAAGUGGGCGAACACAUGCAGCAGAUGGGCCAAGCAGCCCAAGGCGGCGGCGCACCUGCCGCCGGUGCCGGAUCCUUCUUCUGA